AAGUGGAUCCCGAUGGCUGCCAUAAAUGCUUCCCUUCCGCCACCCUCGCAACGAAGGCAACGCGGCCGACAGCCCUCGAUACCCACAAUGCAACUCGAAAGAGCCAACCACCAUUCUUCCUCUCUCCGUCUACUUCCGAUCCGGAGGACGCGGGAGGAUAAUACCCAAUCAGAAUAAUACUUUACGUGACAUCACAACCCCCCCACCCCGGAGUUUUUUUCCCCCUCCACGGCCGAAAGCCCUCCCAAAGGGGCGGAGCCUCGGGCGAUCCCUUUUCCCAGGUUGGGGAGGAGCGAGGGAACGAGGAGUGGUGCCAGUUGCUGGGAUUGCUGCAGCCAUGUGGGUGCUCUCGUGGUCUUUUUGCCCCGUCUCCUGUUGCUCUUUAGCGGCCCUCACUCUCGCCGCCCUCUGCCUCGGCCCCCGGGCUGCCUGUGCCCUUCCUCCAAGGAGCACAGAAGAAGCCCCGUGCGAAGUGUGUCAAGGCUUUUUGGGAAGAUUUUACAACUCUUUAAAAGAAAAAUAUUCUGAUUUCUCCGUGGCUUCUAUAGAAAGUGAAUUAAUCAGGACCUGCCGGAACACAAAAGGAAAAGAAAACCGUUUGUGCUACUACCUUGGGGCCACAAGUGAUGCAGCAACUAAGAUUGUUAGUGAAGUCAGCCGUCCAAUGAGUGCUCAUGUACCGGUGCCUAAAAUCUGUGAGAAGCUGAAGAAGGCAGACAUUCAGAUCUGUGAGCUCAAAUAUGAAAGAAAACUUGACUUAACAUCAGUAGACCUGUCUAAGCUGAAAGUGGCUGAGCUGAGGAAGAUCUUGGAGAACUGGGGAGAAGUCUGCAGAGCAUGCAUUGAAAAAACUGACUUUGUGGACCUGAUCAAGGAGCUUGCACCAAAGCAUAUGGCUUCAGCUUCCAGAGCAGAGCUUUGAUGGAAUGUCACUGUAUCUAAACACAUCCCUGCUGACCCCUACCAAAUUAGAUACCUUUGGCAGUAAGGCCAUGGGUUUGCUUAAAUGAAUAAAAGGUCUGGGAGGAGAAGCAAAGGACUCAGACAGCUGAAGAUAAAUACAAAAUUCUUUGGAUUUGAAUUAAUAAUAAAUGCUGACAAACAGUGAUAGCAACACCUUCUCCCCAACUCACUUUGUGAUAAGAAUCACCCCUUUCUUGUAGUUCUUCAGUUAACGUCACUGUGGGAACAUACAGUUUUUUCACUGUUUAAGCCUGCAGUGGCUUCUUUCUUAGCUAUGUGUCCUAUUAAAAGGUCUCCUACUCAAGAUAACCUGUUGCCCCUACAGCGUAUUACCUUGACUGCAGAUACAAGGACACCAUAAGCAUUUGCAGGGCUUUUGAGAAACAAACUGUAGGUCCCUGCCCCAAAGGGCUUCCAAUUCACACAGGGAAGAGGGAAAAGGCAAAAAGAAAGGGUGUACAACAGUAGAGGCAGUUUCUCCAGAGACAUGUAUUCUCCAUCUUGGGGUUCAACCAGAGUUAAGCAUGCAACCAAAGAAAAUGGAUCUAAAGGGGAAGGGACAACACCUCUACGCUGAGUUCUCCAUGUUUCAAAACUAGGGGGCACUCUGGGGAGCAACCAUUAGUCUGCUGUCAGGGACAGUGGGGAGCUGUAUCCGAACUGAGACUCUGAAAUCCAAACAGGCUAUGCGGUUCCUCAAAGAGUGACUCUCUGAACCUCACACAUUUCCCCCUUGUGAGGUUAAAGGUAUACAGUAUUUUGAAGUAGAGGAACUCAUCAUGAACUUAUCAUGGCCCCAAGGAGAGACACUCUCCACAGGAAAGAGAGGGGGAGACAAUAAGGGAAAGAGAAAUAUCUUAUGGCUUAAACACCGAGCUGCCUCUGGAAAAAGCUAUUGUGAGGAGAAAAAAAACCUCAUAAGUACAACUGAUAUUCUGAUCAGCAGUCAACAGGGGAUGCUCUUGCCAAAUUGUAACCCUGUACCUUUUGAUAAUUAACUCAGCAGGUAUUAUACGGAAAAGUUUCACAGUGGGUACCUGACACUUUUUGGAGUAAUGUUAGUUACAGUUAGGUCCAGAAAUAAUCGGAUACUGUCACAAGUUUUGUUAUUUCAGCUGUUUACUAAAGUAAUUUCAAGUUAGAGUUAAAUAAUGAAUUUGGUCUUAAAGCGCAGUCUCUCAGCUUUAAUUUGAGGGCAUUCACAUCCAAAUUGGAGGAAGGGUUUAGGAAUUAUAGCUGUUUAUAUGCAGCCCUCUUUUUUUAAGAGACCAAAAUAAUUGGACAAUUGACUCAAAAGCUAUUUCACAGCCAAGUGUGGGCUAGUCCUUCAUUACUUCAUCAUAAAUUUAAGCAGGUAAAAGGUCUGGAGUUGAUUUCAGGUGUGGCAUUCACUCUCUAGAAAGCAGGCAUAUCAUUAUCCAAGUCUACCAUAAAGAGAAGACUUUACAAGAGCAAAUACAGAGGGUUCACCACAAGGUGCAAACCAUUCAUAAGCCUCAAGAAUUAAAAGGCCAGAUUAGACUUUGUUAAAAAAAUCUUUAAAAGCCAGCCCAGUUCUGGAAUAGCAUUCUUUGGACAGAUGAAACUAAGAUCAACCUGUACCAGAAUGAUGGGAAGAAAGAAGUAUGAAGAAGGCUUGUAACAGCUCAUGAUCCAAAGCAUACGACAUCAUCUGUAAAACAUGGUGGAGGCUGUAUGAUGGCAUGGGCAUGCAUUACUUCCAAUAGCCCUGGGUCACUAGUGUUUAUGGAUCUGACAGAAGCAACCGGAUGAAUUCUGAAGUGUAUAUAGAUAUGUAUUCUCGAAUACAUAUUCCUAUGUAUUUGGAUGUAUAUGGAUAUAUUGUCUGCUUGAAUUCAGCCAAAUUCAGCAAAGUUGAUUGGACAAUGCUUCACUUUACAGAUGGACAAUGACCCAAAACACACUGUGAAAAAAAACCCAUGAGUUUCUUAUGGCAAAGAAGUGGAAUAUUCUGCAAUGGUUGAGUCGAUCACCUGAUCCCAAUUCGAUUGAACAUUCAUUUCACUUGCUGAAGACAAAACUUAAGGUAGAAAGACCCAUGAACAAACACCAAAGACAGCUGCAGUAAAGGCCUGGCAAAGCAUCACAGUGGAGGAAACCCAGCGUUUGUCAUUGUCCAUGUGUUCUAGACUUCAAGUGUUCAUUGCCUGCAAAGGAUUCAAAUGUAUUUAAAAUGAACAUUUAUGAUUGUGUUAAUUUGUCCAAUUACAUUUGAGCCCCUGAAAUAAGGACACUGUGUAUGAAAAUGGAUGCAAUUCCUAUACGUUUCAUACAAUAUUUUUGUUCAGCUCCUUGAAUUAAAGGUGAAAGUCUGCACUUCAAUUGCAUCUCAGUUGUUUCAAAUCUAUUGUGGUGGCGUACAGAGCCAGAAUUAUAAAAAUGUGUCAGUGUCCAAUUAUUUCCAGACCAUACUGUAAUUCCCACUGUGUGAAGCUCAAUUCUUUUCCAGUCUUGAAUACAUACAUAUAUUUUUAUGUAUUUGAACUAGCUAUU